UUAAAAUAAUUAAACUGUUGAUUUCGCUCUUUAAUAAAACAUAUCGUUGUGUUGUGUUUCGACAGAGAGAAUUUAACUGGAGGAUAUUAAAAAUGUUUGUAAAUCAGAUCAUCCUGUAACUAUGUUACAAAUACGAAAACUAAACGGCAAAAUUGGCGUAGAAAAGGCGGAGUCAUUGUACAGACCACAAGCCCUUUCGAAGCCGGAAAGGUGUGAAGCUGACGCAGUAUGGCAUUGAAAGUUCUUCAUCAGAAUGUAACGCGGUUGCCACGCGGACACAGCGUACGAUUCUCAAGUGACGAGCUGCCAAGAUACAAAUCUCUAGAUUCCACAGAAUCGAGUAGCCCACCAUACAGCGGUGGAUUUAAUGGUCCUGACUCGGGCGCACCCAGUCCUGAUGCAUGUCACUACCAACCCGCCGCACAACGGUUUCGGUUUAACGAACAGAGAAUCAAACUGUUAACAUCAAUAAAUCAAAUAGUACAGCAACGCGCCGACCUCGAGAAUAAUCGCGCGACGCUCUCCGGCCUUCUAGAAGAACUGAAAAGAAAGCUUAAGAGAAGAGUAGAAGAAUGUCAUCUCGAAAAGAAGGAAAAAAUGAAGGCAUUGAAAAACGCAAAUCAAAGAUUGGAAAAGGAGAAAUUCACUAUAAUAUCUGAAAUAGAGCAUCUGAAGCGGCACCUGGAGAAAGAAGAGGCUCACCACGUGCAGCAUGCGAGGAACGCUGUCGCACAGGCAAUCCAGGGCGUAACUAAAAUGCCACCAGAACAGCUGUUUACGCCGUGUUCUGUGACAGAAUUGCCUAACAUCGUCAGUCGGAAUGUAGCAAAGAAUGCGCCUUCCAAAAUAGCAGAUAAUAAAUUAGCGGCAGCAAGAUUGAUGCGUGAUAUCGCAGAUUUGAGACAGCGAGUCGCACAAGUAGAAGCAAGGCUGGCCAAUGAAUUAAAGCGUAAACGGCAGGCUGAGAACGACAUUAUACGACUGAGAAAAGAACUUUCGUCUACUAAGAGUUCGGUAGCAGCACUUCGCAUCGCGCCCCAACCAGCGAGAAAGACAUGCUCCAGAUUCGCCUAAACCUCUAGUUUUUAUAGUGAAACUAUAGAAAAAUACUCUUUUUAUCUUACAAAUAUAAUUUAUUAAAUCAAAAUCGACAAACAAUUUAAUCAUACACUUCGCUUCGUUCGUUAAAUUAAAA